CAAUAUAUGAGUAUAUUUGAGGCCAAAUUCAAACCAGAAAUCAAAUCUCAUAAGAAGAAUGUAUGUGACAAGGCCUCUGUCCCAGCUGCUCAAAUCACCAGAAAGCGUAUCAGCAGCAGUCGAUGGUCCGAACAGCGGAUUCCUAGUCAUCCAAGACGAGGAAUCUUUAAGAUACUCCUUUUUCGGGCUGUUCAAAAAUCACAGCCUCAAACAGCUGCCUUUCCCUCAAGACAAGGAGCUCAUCGUUCAAUACACCACCACCACCACCACCAACACCACAACCAGCGACCUCAUCGGCCAAUCCACUCAAUCAUCUCACGAUCCAAUAUUCUUGAUCCCUUCCCUCAACCGCCCCUUGUCGUCCAAUCGCUACUACGCCAUUGUUCCCCAUGGAAAACGCAUAGGAGAAGCGUUGACCUGCUCGAGAGAAGAAGAUAAGGUGAGUUGCUGCUUCUGCCGCUGGGUCACUGACGUGAAGCCGAGGCCGUUGGAUCCGCGCAACGUGUAUCAGCAGUUCCAUAUUGCUCCAUACAACGCCUUUGGCAGCUCCAAGGGCGAGUUCCUGGCCAAGUCAGUUGUGUCGGAUGGUUUCCCUCCUGACUUCCUGCGGAGGAAGGGCUGGACCAUCGCAACCAAGACACCGAACACCUUCACACUGGGUGAAGCACGAGGCCUUGAUGCCAGGCUCCGUGCUAGUCUGCUUGAGUUGGACUCAUCGAGAGUGGUUGGGAAAUGGUACACUCCCUUCGUGUUUGUCAAGGAUGGGUCGUUGAGAGAUCAAGUGAAGCAAUCCAUGUAUUAUGAGGUUAUACUGCUGCAGAGAUGGGAGCCGAUUUUCAAGAUUGGCCGCGAUCCUAAUAAUAAGGGGAUUAAUUCAGUAGUGAUUGAUGCUACGGUUGAAAAGGAGGAGGUGUUUGUUGGUGGGAUCGGCAAAGCUGUGUGGAAUGGGAAAAGCGCGGUGGACGGAGUGGUUUGGUUUAGGGUUGAAGGCAGCAGAGGAGAAGGAGUGGGAUUGAGAGUGGAGUUGGUGGAGAGGAUGAAAUGGGAGGAGGAGAGAGGAGGGUGGAUGGGAGGGGAGGAGAAACAAGUGAAGAUUCAUAAGGUGGAGGAAUUGGGAGGAGGAGUUGGUGAUUGGAAUGAGUUUGGAUGUUAUGUUUUGGUGGAGAGGUUCAAUGUGAGGAGAAUGGAUGGGAGUGUGGUCAUUUCUUGUGAUUUUAAACAUUCUCAUAAGCUGAAGACUAAGUGGGCGUAGGCCACUGACUCCGUGGUCAUGGAUUUACAUGUUUGAUUAUACUUGUAUGUAUAUGUAAUGUAAAUAAUGUGACGGUAAGUAAUUGUGUCACGAUCACACUCUCUAAAAAUAUAAAAAUCGAUUUAUCGCGAUUAGGGAAGAAUUUUAAAAGCGGAGAAGAAAACGAUAGACGGGGUUCAUCACUACUUUAGCUACUUUAGCGACUUGGCCGGUUACUCGAGAUUCUCGAUUAUUUCAUUUCAUGAUGUUAGCAAUGUACAGUGGACAAAUAGGAUUAUUUUCUUUUCGAGAUCUUUUACUUUUUUUUCUCAUGUGGGAGUUAGAAUUAAUUCCCGUUUAUCUACUUGUAUCCAUGUGGGGAGGAAAAAAACGUCUGUAUUCGGCUACAAAAUUUAUUUUGUACACGGCAGGGGGUUCUAUUUUUCUUUUAAUGGGAGUUCUGGGCGUUGGCUU